GUGACCGCUCCCUCAAUCUGGCUGCGAUGGCUUUGGCUGGGACCAGCUGUCUGCAACACCUGACGUCGAAAGUGAUGGUUGACAGCCAAUAAAGGAUGUGGCCACCUGUGGUCUCCCUAGAGAGGGAGUCGUGCUUCCCUGUCGUAAGUGGGAGCAAGCCUGGGGAGUUGGAGGCCAUACCAGAUGCUGCUGUCCCCAGCACCACCACCUCCCCGCAGACAGAGGGCGCUAAGAUGAAGAAGAAAAAGAAGAGACUGUGGAUCAACCUCACCAACUGCAAGUUUGAAAGCGUCAGACGUGCAGCAUCCCGCUUUGGCCUGAGGGAGGCGCUGGAGGGCGAGGAGUGGACGGUCUACUGGACUGAUCUCACCGUGUCGCUGGAGAGACUAAUGGACAUGAAAGGCUACCAGAAGAUCAACCAUUUCCCAGGGAUGAUCGAGAUCUGCCGGAAGGACCUGCUAGCCAGGAACAUGAAUCGCAUGUUCAAACGUUUCCCCAAGGAUUACAACAUCUUCCCUCGUACUUGGUGCCUCCCCGCAGACUACAGUGACCUCCAGGCCUACGCUAGGUCCAAGAAGCACAAGACCUACAUCUGCAAGCCCGAGACUGGCAGCCAGGGACGGGGAAUCUUUCUCACCAGGUCUGCCAAAGACAUCCCUCCUGGAGAACACAUGAUCUGCCAAGUGUACCUGUCCCGGCCGUUUGUCCUGGACGGGUUCAAGUUUGACCUUCGCAUCUACGUGCUGGUGACCUCGUGCGACCCCCUGAGCAUCUUCCUGUAUGAGGAGGGCCUGGCUCGCUUCUGCACCAGCCAGUACAACCACCCCAACAACAACAACCUGCAAAACGUAUGUAUGCAUCUGACCAACUAUGCCAUCAACAAACACAGUGAGAACUUUGUCCGGGACGAGCUGGCUGGGAGUAAAAGGAAGUUGUCGACGGUGUUGGAGUCCCUCUGCUGUGACACAGGGCAGGUGUGGGCGGAUAUAGAGGACGUGGUGAUCAAGGCCCUGAUCGCGGCCCACCCCGUGCUGAAGCACAGCUACAACACCUGCUUCACCCGACACACGGCCUGUGGCUCGGGGGCCUGCUUCGAGAUUCUGGGCUUUGACGUGCUGCUGGACCACAAGCUCAAGCCCUGGGUGCUGGAGGUGAAUCACUCUCCUAGCUUCACCACCGACUCUCGGCUGGACCGUGAGGUGAAGGACAAGAUGCUUUAUGACUCGCUGGUGCUCAUCAACCUGGGAGCGUGCAACCGCAAGCAGGCUCGAGAGGAGGAGAAACGUAGGCUCACCGACAGACUACAGCCCCGAGACGUGAGGAACCGGCUGCAGCAGCUGAGGCAGGCCAAUAGCGUGGAGCGUGCCCUGGCCUAUGAGGACCAGCACCUUGGAGGGUUCCGCCGCAUCCUCCCUCGGCCCAACGCCAGCGACUACGACAAGUUCUUCAAGCAUGGAUGCUCCCUCUUCCAGGAAACCAUCGCCUCACGUGCACGAGAGAAGUGCGCUAGACAGCAGCUGCUGGAGAUCCAGGAGAGGCAGGGUCAGAAGAGGAAGAAGGCCUGUUCUCUGGGGGAGUCUGCUGGGGAGAGAAGCCGACCCAGGGGCCGCAAGCAACAACCAAGGCCUCCUCCGUUCCUCCCCAACCUGAAGUUGAAGCCCGAUGAGGAAGAGGAAGAUGAUAAGAGGUCUUUGCCUUUCUCAGACAUGAGGUCUCGUCUGCUGAAAGAGCUGGGGGUAGUGCAGAAGGUCUACCAGCUCUUAGGAACCCCUCAGUGUAACACGCGGAACCAAGCGUGCUGCAGGGCAGAGGACUCGCUCAUUAACAAUCCAGACACCUUGGGGGACAACUGCUCCAAGUGUGGUAAGAUGAUCAUGCUGAAGAAGAGGGUAGACCUGGUCAACAAGUUCCCACCAAGGGACCACUGCCAGGCCCAACCUCAGAACCCCGAGGGGAUCCAGCCUCUGCCUAGGCCUGUGCUGAGGGUACCUGUGCCAGCUGUACCACCUGUGCCACUGCCCUCGUCCCUCAGCUGCAUCAAGCACCAGCUGGCUUUGCCCAACCAGUGCACUGCCAAGAGUAGAGCCAGUGCCUCUCUGGCGGACGUGGCUCUGCGGGACAUCAGUGUGCUGGACCUUCAGACGCAGGGCUUCCCCUUGAGCAGGAGGAGGCUGGUGUUUCGGCCCCGCUCCCUAGAGAGACACCUCUCCAUCCAAGGCCUGUGUGUCAUAUCGGACCGCCUCCCCCUGGUCCAGCGCAAUGGACACCCCGCCAUCCUGGAGCCCCUCGAGGUCUUGGGCCAAGGUCACAGGACUCCAGCCUCUCUGGCCAUGCUGCCCUUUCGUUAUCCAGUUGUUCAAGCUCUCUCGACCAAUCAGCAUGGAGAAAACAACACUGAGCACACAACUGAAAACUUGCCAUCCAAUCAGCAGCAAGUCCCACUUGACAGAACAUGAGCCCACUGCCUAUGAGAGCUACUGAUCACGCAAAGGACAGGACAACAGAACAAGGCUUUUUUUUGUGUAAAUCAGUAAGGAAG